AUGAAAGCUGAGAGUAUUGAGGUUACUUGGACAAUGUUCGAAACCGAAUUCCUAGAGAAGUAUUUACCAGAUGAUGUGUGCAGUAAGAAAGAGAUUAAGUUCCAUGAUAUGAAACAAGGAAACAUGACUAUUGUUGAGUAUGUUGCUAAGUUCGAAGAGCUAGUGAAAUUUUGUCAACACUAUAAUGAUACCGUGGAUAGAUUUGCUCACUACAAAAGUGCUAGUCAGAAGAAGAGUGGAAAUCAUUUUUGUAGGAAAUCGUAUCUGACUCUAGCUGAUAAAGGGAACCAGAAGUUUCUACAAAAAUUUGUAGGUGGGAAAGAGAUAAAUAGGGGAGGAGCUCAUAAUCCUCUAAAGUGUUUCAAGUGUGGAGAGUUGGGUCAGUGUGCUAAUGAGUGUAAGAUUGUGGGUCUGAAUUGUUUCAAAUGUGGGAAGACAGGUCACCGCAUUGCUGGAUGCAGGAGUAAUGUGUCGACUUGUUAUAACUAUGGAAAGAAGGGUCACACCAAGACACAAUUUCAUAAACCAAAGAAGAUGUCGACUACUACUGCUUAG